UGCAAGUGGUGGUACAAUGUAUUACUCAAUUAAAAAGUUUUAAAAAUUGUAUUUUCAGGACCUCAUUAGUGGUUACAAUGUGAAGAGUACAGCAUAAUAAUUACGGAGCGUUUGGAAUUAGUUGUGGAAGACAGAGAUGAGUUUGCCUCGACCUUCGGGGCUGAAGGCCCCCUCCAAGAUUGGGCGCCCCACCGGGCUCCCCCAGCCCCGUUCGGCAGGUACAGGUAUCCCCACCCCUGGGUCUGUGCACAAAGCCCAAAGUGCUAUUGCUAAGAGCGCCCGAGCUGCUGGUAUUAACGCCAAUUUAGCCGAAAAAUAUGCCGCCGAGAUGGUCCAAAAACUGCCAGGUCCAGAUGGCCUGCCUCCCCCUCCCCCUACUGACGACUUCAUCAUCGGAGACCGAGUUUGGGUCAGCGGGACAAAACCGGGUCACAUUGCAUACAUCGGAGAGACCCAGUUUGCCACUGGAGAAUGGGCCGGUGUUGUGUUAGAUAACCCAGAGGGUAAAAAUGACGGUUCAGUGCAAGGUGUCAGAUACUUUCAAUGUGAACCUAAAAGGGGGGUGUUUUCACGAAUUUCAAAACUUUCAAGAACUCCGGGUAUAUCCUCAGAGACCCCUAAACCAGAAGAUGCCAUGUCAGAAACGGGGGGUUCAACCUCGGUGAAAGCCAACGGCACUUCUCAUUUACCAUCUAGUUUACGACCUACAACUCCUAAGCCACUCGCAGGGUCUAGGGCAUUGUCAACAUCUUCAUCGAGUGUUAACAAGGCAGGGGUGUCCUCUACUCCGGCCACCAAAAAGCCUGGACUGAAAAUCGGUGAUCGAGUGUUAGUGAGUGGGACAAAAACAGGCACUCUGAGGUACAUAGGAGCUACAGACUUUGCUAAAGGUGACUGGGCGGGAGUAGAACUGGACGAAAAACAAGGCAAAAAUGAUGGAGCAGUGUCUGGGAAAAGAUACUUUGAAUGUCGUCCUAUGUUUGGACUGUUUGCCCCAGUCCACAAGAUCACGCGGCUGACCUCAGGUAACGUGACCUCCAGUAUGUCAGCGUCAACGCCCAGUCCGCAGUCUCGCUCCCUGAUGAACACCAGCCUGCGGAUGUCACGGGAACGCAGCGGCAGCCAGGACUCCGUCAGUUCCAUCAGCUCCACGGCAUCCAGCGUCUCCCGCAGUCGGGUAAGGCUGGGUGUCAACUCCCUCAGCAGCAACCAGCUACCUUUACUCAAGGCUCGCAAACUGCAGUUGUCACCGGCCAAAACCAGCCAACGACCUAGUUCUCUAAACCUGACCGCCACCACUCAGGCCCUACAGAAAGCACUGAAGGAGAAAGAGGAGCACAUUGAACAGCUGUUAAAGGAACGAGACCUCGAGAGGGCAGAGGUGGCCCGGGCAGCCGCACAAGUCGACGAGGCUGAAGGACAGCUGGCCAGUAUGAGGAGCGAGCAGGAUCGGUUCCGUGACAACACAGAGGAAGUCCUCGAGCGGCUGAGGACAAAAGUGGAGGAGCUAGAGAAGGAGAGGACUGACCUCAACUGUAAACUGGAGGAUGAACGCAGGAAAGUAGAAGAUCUUCAAUUUCAAAUUGAAGAGGAAGCUAUAUCAAAGGAUGAUUUAGAGUCACGAACGGAAGUAGAUGAAGAAAAAUUAAGAAGUAUAGAAAAAGAGAUGAAGAAAGAAAAAGAAAGGGCUGAUAGGAACGAACAAGAAUUUUUCACACUAAAGGCAAUGCUGAAAGACCAGACAGAUCGACUGACGUCCACAGAAGAGAUGAACAUGUCUUACCUUGACCAGAUAGAGGAACUCACCCACAAACUAUCACAAGCUGAAUCCAAAGUCAAGAGCUUCGAAUCGUCACGAUUAGAGGAGGGAGCCAAGGCCAGUCAAGUAAGCAUAGAGUUGGUGGAGAAAUCUAACCGACUUAUGGAACUAGAAGACAUUCUCUCGACUCGUGAUAAAGAAAUUAAAGAUCUUCACUCCAAACUGCAUGAAGUGGUGAUUUGUCUCGAAGCUCAGCGUGAUGAAUUAAGUGCCAAUCAAGGGAAAAAACAAAAGAUGCAAGAAACUGUAAAUAAUUUAACAAAACAAUUAUCAGAUAGAGAUGAGGCUUCUAAUCAGCUUAGCACAGAGUUACAGAACCUGAAAUCGCAGCUCAGUGAAUUGCAGAGAAAAUUGGAUUCUAGUGAGGAGAAGAACAACCAGAUAACUGAAGAGAAAAUGAAACUGGAGCACCAAAUGAGUGAAAUGAUGAAAAACUCGGGAGAUAGCUCAAACAAGCUAUCUAUGCUCAACGAUCAAGUACAGGAGAAAAAUAGAAAAAUCCAGGAUCUACAAGCCGCCUUGUCAAAUUCUACUCAACAAUUGGGAAGACUUAACGACGAAAUCGAAAAUCUCAAAGGGGAAACAAUUAGGGAACGGGAAAAUAUUAUUGCUAGAUAUGAAGAAUCAACUAAAACCCAGAAUGGACAGAUUGAGGAAUUACAAAGGGAAUUAUCAAAGGCAAAGACAAAGAUGCAGAAGAUGACAGAAGACCACAAAAAAGACAAUGAAGACGCACUAUCACGUAAAAUUAAAGAGAUCGAGGAACUGAAGAAACAGCUACAGGAGAGUAUAGAGGAACAGGAGAGACAGGCUGUACAGACACAGGCCCACAAACAGGUGCUGGAGAAAAUCACCAUGGAGAAGGAGGCUCUACAGUUUGAAAAAGAGAAGACUGAGAAGCAAGUGAAGCGCUUGGAAUCAGAGCGAGAUACGGCCAACACAGAGCUGAUUCAGGCCAGAGUUGAGGCAGCUAAGGCACAGUCGGAGAGGGAAAAGUUCACAGUGGACCUUAAUACUUUGGAGGAAAAGCUGCUUGACUUGGGAGGGGAAAUGGAAAAGGCUCAAAAGGCCAAAAAUCAGAUUCAGAAAGAACUUGAUGCAAUCACAGAAGAGAAGGCAAAAGUCUUGGAAGAAAAAGGUCGACUGCAGGAUGAUGCCAUUACAACCAAAGCAUCUCUACAACAGAAGGACAUGCACAUUGAAGAGCUCCAAAAAGAGAAUGAACGGCUGAAGGGGGAGGUAAAUGAUCAGCAGGAGGCGCUGGCUCAGGUGUCACAAAACUCAUCCAUCACGUCUGACUUCCAACAGAGACUGGAGGAAAGUCAGAAAUCCUUGUCUGAUCUACAGAAGACUUACAGAGAGUUAGAGGCUGAGAGGGAUUCCAUGAAGGCUCAGCUGACCUUUGCUAACCUGGUCACGGAGGAACGAACUCGGCUGGAAGAUCAGAAUCAGAAACUAAACAGGGAGGUCGAGGACAUGCAAACAAGACACAGUCAAGAGUUGGAUGAGUUACAGAACGCCAACACGUCCCUCCAGAGUCAGCUGGACAACACCACACAACAACUACAACAGAGAGCGGAAGAUCUCGAGAGACAGAAAAAACAGAUUUCCAACCUGCAGAAUGAGAAUUCUUCUUUAGAAGUGUACAGGUCCAAGGUCCAGAAUAUGGAGACAGAGAAGUCCGAGUUCCUGGAGAAGAUCAGUAAGCUGGAGAACUUACUGAAGGAAGCCAAGACUAACGCGUCUAACAUAGCCAGUAAUGAUAGCUUAGGGAACCCAGCAGUAUCCAGAUUAACAGAAGAAAAGGAUGCUGCUUUGGGCCAAGUAGACUUCCUGAAUUCAGUCAUUGUAGAUCUACAAAAGAAAAAUGAAGAAUUGAAGACUAGACUGGAAAUAAUGGAGUCAGGGGUCGUUACUAAUGGAGACGGUGAUAGCUCCAUGGAAUCUGAGGCUCCUAAAUCCCGAGCUCCGCCUCGUUUGUUCUGUGAUAUAUGCGACGUCUUUGAUCAGCAUGACACUGACGACUGCCCUCUACAAGCCAUGGACUACGAGGAUGAUGCCCCCUCCCCCACCCAUUACCAUGGCGACAGGAAAGCCUCCCGUCCCUACUGUGAUAUUUGUGAAGUGUUUGGCCAUUGGACUGAUGAAUGUGAUGAUGAGCAGACAUUUUGAGAAUGGAUUGCCUACUCCACUAACACCAUGUUGGCAGCUCCAUAUAAAACACUCACACUCAUGCAUGAUCCACUCCUGGCACUGUCUUGUAGAUCCUCCCACCAUACAGUGGAUAUAAACUAGUGUAAAACUAGAAAAUGUUUAAAAUAGAUUUACAUCACAGGAUGUACAUCAAGAUAUUUUGAUAUUCAGACUUCUCAUACCAUGCAUAUUUUCAAAGUAUCUGGAUGAUCUGUAUAUGGGACAUGUUCAUUAAUAUAGGAGGAAUGUAAAAGAUGGAGCAAAUUUUCGAAGAUUGUAGAGCAUUUUGAUUUGAAUGCACGAUCUAGGGAGUUUUAUGUUAUAAACUGAAUUGUUAUAUUGAUUAUCACCUAUGAAUCAUGGCACCAAUGUUAUUGUGUUGAAAAUUGAUUGAAGGCCUCCAUCAAAAAGGGUACAAAAUGAUUUUUUGGGCCAGUUUUACAUCAGUGCUUGGGGAAAAAAGUUGUUUUUGUGGGAUGUUAAAAAUUGUUAUGUGAUAGUAGUUUAUCUAAGUGAUAGUGCUAUAGUUGAUAGUUAAAAUACUGAUGAGAUGCUAAUCCUGAAUGCUGAUAUAGAUUGUGUAGUCUUAUAAAAAUUAAGUUUGUAUAGUGCUGAGAAAUGAAACGAACAAUAAUCCUGAAUAUCAUUUAAGAGUGUAGCAAUUUCUUUGUCACAAGAAUUUCUUUUAGUCAUAGUUAAGGGUCAUCUGUUUAGAGCCUGUGGUUGCCCCACAAUCAAAAUCCAGUUGGGCAUUAGGAGUGGUUAUUGCCUUUGUUGAUUCCCUUUGUUAUUCUGAUAAAAAAAAAUGAAUUAUAUUUUUAUAGUCAAUUGUAUUCUAGUUCAUUAUAUGCCAGUAAUGAUUAUAGCAGUAGUUACUGUGAGUUACUUGUUAAGGUGAGAUGAGGUAUGAAUACUGUGAGGACUAAAUAUGUGUGAUUUCUGCAGUUGUUGCCAAAAAAAUCUACCUGGUAUUAACUAACUACAUUUGAAUAAUUUUUGGUUUGAAUGUGUGGUUUACCUUUCGUGCCCCCACCUUCCUGCAUCCAUUUGAUCUGAAAGAGGGGGUAAAUCUAAUGUUAGAACCACAAGUAGAUAUGUUAAAAACAUGGGGUGUUUGCCUUUAGUCAUUAUAUUACUGGGACUGAAUUAAAUUUUAAAACUUCCCAUUUGUUACUUAUCAGUAUCGGUUAUGUACUGGUGAUUGUAAGUAGUGCUUAUGUAUAGGGAACUACUAAGAUGCUGCAUUGUACUAAUGGGGUCUGAUUGGGAAAAAUAUAUAGUUUAGGAGACAUUUGUGAGAUAAUUUCUCUGGAUGUUAAAAAUAUUUUUAAAUUUCAGUUUCUUGCAUUUUUUGUUUUGUAACUUUGGGAAAUCUCAGGGAUUUAGAUUUAUAAUUUAUUCGCACAGAUGUGUACAAACUUUAUUUCAGUGUUAACUUAAUUAUGAAAAAUAGAAGACUGGGAAAAAAUGUUAAUACAUGUUCAAGAGGAAGUAGGUCAAUUUUUUUAUGUGUUAGCUUGAUUUUUUUUAUGUUAAGCUUGUCUAAAGCACAAUUUCAUUUUCACUCAAAAGAAUUUCUGUUAAAAAGCAUUCCUUUUAGAUAGUGAUCUGUUCAUUUAUAGUGUGUGUGGAAAUGGAUGCUGGCUUAUGAUUGCUUUUCAUCUCUCAUUUUACCAUUUAACCAUUACUCAGUAUUUUGGGGUAUACAUGUAACAGAUUGUAUAAUACUUGUAAAAUGUAAUUUAUUAUCUGUAUUAUUGCCAAGCUUAUUGUUUAAUACAUCAAAUGCAAUAUGUUCACUUUUAGGAUUUUCUCUAAUAAAAAAAAAAUCCAACUGAUAA